AUGUCUGCUCUAUCAUUCCUCUACUCCCAGAUAUUCGUUCGUCUCCCACCUCCGACGCAUGAUUUCACUGGGCAAACCAUUGUCAUCACUGGCGGCAAUGCAGGACUUGGGCUGGAAGCUGCACGGUAUUUCCUUAAUCUGAACGCAUCUGAGAUCAUCCUUGGUGUUCGAAGCCUGGCAAAGGGUGAAAAUGCGAUUAAGGAUUUGGAAAGCUCCACCGGACGCUCUGGUCAAAUCCGCCUCUUUCAUAUAGAUAUGGAAAACUAUGCAUCCGUUCAAGAGUUUGCUGCAGGUAUUUCCGAAAUUCCUAAGAUUGACGUUCUCCUGCUCAACGCCGGAAAGAUGGAGCAAAAAUUUUAUAUGGCGGAGGAAGAUGAGAGCACGAUCACAGUCAAUGUUGUUAGCACCUUUCUGUUGGCCUUGUUGUUACUGCCAAAGCUUCGCGCAUCAGCUACCGAGAACGGACCAAUUCCUCGACUCUGUAUUGUCGCAUCUGACCGGCAUGUCAUGACCAAUUUGCCCGAGUGGAAGACACCCAACACGUUCGUCGCUUUGCGAAAGCAGACUAAGUCGGGGCCUGACGAUAGAUACUAUGCCUCGAAACUGCUCCAAGUGCUAUGCAUGAGGGCACUGGCAGCUGAUAUUGCCUCCACUAACCCGCGAGUUGUUGUCAACGCCUUUACUCCAGGAUAUUGUCUUACGAACCUAGUUGAUGGGAUGACAGGAUUCUGGGGAUUCCAGCUCCAGGUAAUAAAACUGAUAGCUCGCACGGCCCAGGAAGGUUCCCGCACUUUGGUUCAUGCCGCUAGCUUGGGAUGGGAAGGACAUGGGCAGUAUCUUAAUGACUGCAAGAUUGACGAGGGUGCUUUAUCAAAAUUUGUCAAGAGCGCAGAGGGUGCACAAGCGCAGAAGAAGGUUUGGGGGGAACUUCUAGAGAAAUUGGAAAGAAUUUCUCCAGGAAUAUCUGGCAACGUUUAA